AUGACUAGGACUAGUGACGGCCAAAUGGAUGUUGACUCUACAUCAUCGCUUGACAAGGGUAAAGGAAAGGCUAAGGCUGCAGAGAGAUAUGAGCCGCGCGAGGAUGAUAAUUUACCUUGGGUAGAGAAGUAUCGACCAGUCACACUCGACGAUGUGGUUUCACACAAGGAUAUUACAACGACAAUUGUGAAAUUCAUUGACAAGAACCGCUUGCCUCACCUUCUAUUCUACGGUCCACCUGGAACUGGGAAGACGUCCACAAUUCUUGCAGUGGCGAGACGGAUUUAUGGAGCAGAAUACAAGAAACAAAUACUGGAGGUGGAGCCCCCUGGAUCUGUACAGAGCAAUGCUAAUCUUGUUCAGCUCAAUGCAUCGGAUGACAGAGGUAUAGAUGUAGUGCGCGAACAGAUCAAGCAAUUUGCAGAGACCCGAACAUUGUUUUCGAAAGGUUUCAAGCUUAUUAUCCUCGAUGAGGCCGACAUGAUGACACAGCAAGCUCAAGCUGCCCUACGUCGUGUCAUUGAACAAUACACCAAGAACGUGCGGUUUUGCAUCAUCUGCAAUUACGUGAACAAGAUCGCUCCAGCAAUUCAGAGUCGAUGUACUAGAUUCCGUUUUUCGCCACUGCCAAUUGCAGAGGUGGAGAAGCGCGUGAAUGGUGUUGUGGAAGCUGAGAAGGUAAAUCUGACUCAGGAUGGAAAAAAGGCCCUUUUAAAACUCUCGAAAGGAGACAUGCGGCGAGCUCUUAAUGUCCUACAAGCAUGUCACGCAGCAUAUAGCUCUAUUGGAGAGACUGAAAUUUAUAACUGCACUGGAAACCCUCACCCGUCAGAUAUUGAAACCAUCGUAAACUCCAUGCUUUCCGAUGAAUUCACUACUUCUUACCAAAUGAUCUCGGCCAUGAAAACAGAACGUGGACUCGCACUGCAAGACUUGAUAUCGGGUACAUACGAAUACGUGGAAAUGAUUGAAUUCAAGCCACAGGCUCGGGUAUAUUUACUUGACUUUCUGGCUACCACCGAGCAUAGAUUAUCAACUGGCGGAAGUGAGAAGAUGCAAUUAUCUGCUCUACUCGGAGCGUUCAAGAAUGCUGUGGAGCUUUCUGCGAAGUAA